UUCGCUAUAUUUAGUGUUCCCAGGGUGCGAUGGCGGUCCAUGCACGUAACUCUUCUAAGAACUUUUGAAGAAUUUUUUUCGAUUUUAAGUGUUUUUUUGGUCCAUAUUGGACAGAUAUUGGUGCCACAAUGCCAAGUUUACCUCUUGCUGUAAGUGUAGCUGAUAUUCUGGAGGUUCGGGGGGGGCCUCUCAGAGAAGGUGAAGUUUGGGCUUUGCUUUGUCAAAGUGCAGCAGCCAUUCAAGACUAUUUCAUUAAAGGAGCCACACACAAAGAUGGCAGUCUUUUCGCAAUCAGUCCCUUGACACUAAACCUGUGUCAGGAUGGUCAGGUGACUUUUGGACCUGGGAACACCACUUGGCAUGGCACUGAUAUCAUGGCACCUGAAUACAGUAAUUGCUGUCAACACAGCAUGUCUGACACUGCUGUUGAAAAGAUGUUUGUGUACACCCUGGGAAGAACACUUCAAGUUGCCACUGAACAUGGAUUGCAACCAAAUGAGUAUGUCAACAUUAGUCGGCACCUUGAAUCACUUCUGGAGGCCAUGUGUGAAGAAAAUCCUACUGUACGAAUAGGUUUGAGGCCUGUACUUGAGGCCUGUGAUCUUCACACUAGGCAGCAUCCUGGCAAGCCUCCUUAUGCACAGAGUGUUACAAAGUUAUACCAUUCCGUUCUUGGCCCCUUUGAUCAGACUGGGACAGAUAGUAACUAUGGCAGUGAUCGUAGCUGUCAAAGCACUUUAAACAUUCGUCUACGUCGACGACAAGCACACCAUCGUCAUCAUCAUUAUCAUCAUAGACCGAACCAUAGGUCUCAGUCACCAUCACCCACUAGAUCUUGCUCGCGUUCCAGAUCGCGCAGCCCUAGCAGAGAGACUUCUGUUUCAGCAUCUGAAGCUCAUCUCACAGGUGAAGUAAAAGAAAGUCAACAUCUUUCUCCUGUUGGAACCAACUGUGCCAGUACCAUUGUCACAACUUCUCCAUCUUUGAUCACCAGCACCACUAAUAGGAAUUCCCACGUGUCUCAGUCUGCCUCUACCUUGAAUAGCAGAGCCCCCAGCAGGACCUCACAAGAUGUUCUUAACACUUCCUUUGCUUCAUCUGGUGAAGGUCACACGUUACUUUACCACACAGUUCCUGCAUACCGCAGUCUGACCUCUACCUCUGGUCUUGUUGGCUUAAGCAUGGGUAGCCCAGCAUAUAAGAAGUACUUACAGUUGAAGGAAAGACAACAUAGACUGAAAGUUGCUCAGCAAGGAGGCAAGGAAGAUCCAGGUGGAGACAGAUUGUCUACUCUACACUUGAUGCCACCCACUUCCAGCAUGCUUAUAGAUUAUGCAACUGAUGCUCGGUCUAUGUCCUCGCUGAUGUCUUACACACUAGGAAGCUACAUGACAGAUCUCUGUGGUCAUUUUGGCACAGACAUGACCACGAAUAUGUCAGCAGAGUAUGACCAUGAGCAGGCUAGCAUCAUAAGCAGUGACAUGUCUUCCAUAGUGCCAGAAGAUGCAAGCACUUGUCGUGUCUCUAGAUUAAAUGUUGAAGAAACAGAAAAUAUGCCCUCUUCUCCAUCCUCUCUUCUCAAACGAAGGCAUGAUGGUGAUACUGCUCAUCAACUUCAGACAAAUCUCCAGCAGGAUCAGGAACAACAAAAACAACAUUUUAAACAGUUUGACUCUAAACUGCAUGUAUUGUCAACUCCUGAAAGAGAGCAAUUGAGAGAGUUUUAUGGACCUGAAUUUGUGCACAGAGCCAGUGAACCUCUUGUGAGGCUUUCCCUUCCAUUGCAAGGAGAGAGCCAGAAACAUCCAGCUUUGGCUCGUCGUGUAAUAAUUGUGCACCUGACAGGACAGAAGUUUGAGGUUUUUGUGGAUCCCUGCUUGACAGGAAGACAGCUGUUUGAUGCAGUUGUUACCCAGACAGCCUUAGAUGAUUUCUCAUUUUUUGGGCUUACCUACCUCUGUGAUGGAGAACACUUCUUUAUUGAUGCUGACUCCAAGCUGCACAAGAUGGCACCUACAGGAUGGCGAGAAGGAGCCAAAGGUCACAUGCCUCCAGUGACCUUCACAGUCUUCCUUCGUGUCAAAUUCUACCCAGAGUCUCUGGCACAUUUUAGGCACACCAGCAGUGAACAUCUGUUAUAUCUUCAGCUGCGUCGAGAUAUUCUAGAAGAACGAUGUAUGGCUUCUGAUCAGCAGCUACUGGCUUUGACUGGCCUGGCACUGCAGGCAGAGUUUGGGGAUUACCAUUGCAACACCAUGGGCCAUAAUUACUUUGUCCCAGAGCAAUACAUACCUGCUCGCACAGCUUGUCGUCUUGGAAUGGCCUAUGUGCAUGACCGUGCCUUGGUAGCUCACCAGGAAACCUUGGGUCUAACUCCAUCCCAGUGUGAAGUCCAAUUUAUUGAGACUGUUCAGUCCCUUCCAGAAUAUGGCGUUCACUUCUACAAGCUAAUGAAGGUAAAGAAUGAACCAAGCAGUCUUGCAUGGCUGGGUAUCACCCAAAGCACUAUGAUUCUUGCUGAACCAGACAUCUUUAAUCGUACGGUCACAGAGGUGCUGCCCUGGGCAUCUGUACUCAAAAUUUCCUUCAACAAACGUCGCUUUUCAAUCCAACCCAAGGUAUACCCUACCCUGACCUCUCGUGGCAAAUCGCCUAAGGUGAACUUCUACACCAACAGCUAUCGCAAAGGCCGCUACCUGCUGCAAUUUUCUACAGCUCAGCAUCGAUUUCACAUACAUACAAGAACAAGAAAUUUAGUGCUGGAUUCACUUCUAGAGGAGAGGCAAGACAAUUCUGAACAGCCAUCAUUGCCCCAAAAUAAUGAAAAAAACCAAGGAGAACUAGAUGAUGAGGAAGAAAAUGCAGAUAAAGAAGCAAAAGCAGGCAGCAAACUGAGUGACAAGGCAAUAGCAGCAUUACCAAUCAGUCCUCCAGAACCCAAAGAAAAACCUGGUGCACCACCCGUAAAGUAUCGCAGACCACCACCAUAUCCUAAUCUGAAAUUUGUGCGGGAUGGUCAAAAGCUGACACACCCAUCCUCUGUUGUUGAGGACUGGCUUGCCACGACAGUGGAUUCCAAUAUGCAGGAUGUUGAAAUUCCAGAAUUAAAUAAGCUUGGCUUUGAAUCUGGCACAUUUGAAGACGGUGCGAUCAGUCAAGUGGCAAAACCAGAUGCAUUCCAACCGCAUAUUAACUAUUCAUCAGUUCCUGCACAUGUUACCAGACAGUUGGACUCCCACCUUCCCUCAAGAGAGUUACCUCUAGGCAGGUAUGUCUUUGAGGUGACACUAGAGAAGGAAGGUGAUAAAGGCAUUGGCAUCACCAUUGUAGGAGGAGAAGCUACCAGCAAAUUAGAUUUUGGGAUUUUCAUCAAAUCUGUUUUGAAGGAUGGCCCUGCAGCAAGAGAUGGACAGAUUUGUGCAGGUGACCGUUUGAUAGCUAUUAAUGGGGUCAGCCUCGAAGGUGUGCAGCAUCAAGAGGCUGUACGGCUGAUACGAGAUUCAGAGCAUACUGUCACACUGCUCAUCUCACAGAUAAGACCUCCAAAGACUGUCAGGCGAAAAGGUGACACAUCACGUGUGCAUGAUCAGGUUAAAAGUACUGACAUAGUUAACAUGGAGGAUCCAAAGUGUUACUCAGAUGAUGAUGAUGUUUAUUGUGAGAAUCCUCUGUGCAAUGAUUCUCCAAGCAUUUCUCACUCAUCAGACAUUGCUUCUAUUUCCACCUCACCAUAUCCUGGUGGUUCUUUUACUUGUUCUCAUCCUUAUAAGCAAGCUUUUCAGCUUGUUCAUCAAGUAUCUGUCCUAUCAGAGAACAUUGACAGUGUUGCCGAAGAGCAUUUCACCUUGGAUUUUUCUGCUGUGAAUCAGUCUGAAGGAACAAGAAAGAACUUUUCUGACAAAGAGACUUACAAUGAUGAUUUAGAGAGCACUGAUGUGAUGCUUUUGUCUGAUGAACUACUGGCAGCUGCUGAGCUAGACAAGCACAGCAUCUGUAGUGAUGUACAUAGUGAUUAUAGUGCUGAUGAUAGCGGUGACUGGGAUACGGACCACAUGUUGGGUGCUGAUGCUGCAUCUAAUGGUGAUUUUCAGGAGUUGGAAAUUCUUGGAGACAUUGCCAACAUGACUCCUGGCAAUUCUGAUACAGACUCAGAUUUUGAUUCUGCACUAGAAGUCACUGUUAAAGGUAGAGCGCUGAAAUCUUUAGUCAACAGAGGAAGCAUCAUAGGGCAGAGCAAAAGUACAUCAUUGCAUGAUCUGGUACUCUAUGAGAUGAUGUUGGAGAAAGAUGGCGGUUCUCUUGGAUUCACACAUAAGGAUGGGCCCAACACUCUGUCAGAUAAAGUUGGUAGCAGUGUCUUAGUUGAAUCUGUAGUUCCAGGGGGAGCUGCAGAUCGUGGUGGGAUUCUUCAGCCAGGUGACCAACUGCUGGAAGUGAAUGGAAAAGAGAUAAAAGGAUAUAAUUCAGCAGAGGUAGCCCAGGUGUUGAGAGCUGCUCCUGCAGCAUGUGUGCUAAAAGUUGCACGCACAAAAUCCAGUGAAGCUGCUUUUUUAAGUGCCUCACAAACAGACCUUAAUUUACAAGGGAGACCUAAUUCUGCUGAUGUCCCACUUGUAGGACCAGAAAGCAUGACAGGAGACAGGAUGGUUGCAGCUAUCAAAGACACACAUUUGGCUCCACAGACAGUUGGGGAUCUAGUCUUUCCGAUUGUUUCUGCACUGCCUCCUCUAACUGUGAGUUUGGAGGUCUCAGAUGAGGCACAGUCAAAUAACACGCAGAGUGAUGUGGACUCUGAUGUACUGGACAGCUCACGAUCUGAACUGGUAAAGAUAUGUGAGGCUUCCAAACAGUAUCUGAAAGACAGAGAUUAUGAUAAUGAUGAUCUAGAUACUGCAUUUGCAGCAGCUGCUGUAUGUGACAGUCAGGAUGAUGAUGAAGAAAUCAGUGACAAGGGUGGCAGUAAUCCUGGUGAUGUUGAAGAGAUAACGUCUUCAUCAGCCCUUGAGAGCAGUCAGCAAUCUUUGCUGUUGCAAACAAGAGAUAAUAGUGUGGAAAUAAAGAACAAGCGUAUUGAAGACAGUUCUGAACUAGAGUUACAGGAGUUCUCAGUGGAGCUACAGAAGCCACCUGGAGGUGGCCUUGGCUUCACAGUGGCAGGAAGUGCUGCCACGGGUGGGUGCUACGUCAAAGCAGUGGUGCUAGAUCCAGCACUUUCUGAUGGCCGUUUACGCCCAGGUGAUAUGCUCAUCCAGGUAAAUGGCCAGGAUAUGACAGGCCUGAGCCAUUUCGAGGCAGUGAUGUUCCUGAGACAGCUACCGCAAGAGGUGUCAAUAAGAGCUCAGCGGUAUGCAAACAGAGCUCUUGAUAAUUUAAGACAAACCCCCCUACAAAAGGCCAAGCAUAAUGGACCGCCCAGUGCCUUACAAAUAAUUUCAGGUGCCAAAGAGACUGAGGAACAUCAUAGGCAGCAGGAACUCACAACCGCAUUAAAACUGGAUGAGAAGUUAUCAGAGAGUGCGGAUGCACAUACUCAAAGCAAAGAGGCUGCAGAGCAGUAUCGCUCUGUGAAAGAACUAAUCCGAUGUUUGGACAUGCCUAAAACAGUUGUCCAGCCAAAUGAUUAUGGUGAUCAGCACAAAAGGAAAGACAAGAUGUCAGGUCCAGUGGAACUGGGUAAAUCAGACAAUAAUAAAGAGUCAGUCAGUCAAUCAGGUGAAUCACCAAGGGAUAAGGAACAAGAUGCAGCUGAAGAAUCUAAAGAGAACAUUUUGAUUGAGAAUAAAGCACAGAUGAUAAAGGUGAUGCUACACAAACCACAUGGUGCUGAUAGCUUGGGUUUUAGCCUGAAGCAGCGAUGGCAUAAUGGACAGCUUGGCUUCUUUGUCAACACCAUUACUUCAGGUGGUGUGGCCUAUGUCAGUAAACAACUUAGAGUUGGGGACAGACUUUUACAGGUGAAUGGAAUGUCUUUAGUUGGGUUCAGUCAAAGCAAGGUGAUUGAGAUGAUAAGAAAAGCAUCAGGCAGCAUUGUUCUAACGAUAUGGAGACCAGUGGAUGAUAUCCUUGACAAUCAUGACAACUUGGCAGUAAAGUUGAACGAAGACAGUGUAGGAAAUACUGAUGUUGAUGUCACAAUCAAAGACUUGCCAGCCAGCAGAGAUACUGAUACAGAUGAUGACAUAAAUGAUGUUCUUGAUGAAGCCCUAAAAUAUCUAGACAAUGUGGACAGUGAUGGAGAUCUGAUGAGUCUAGACCCUCUGCAAGAAAGGAGGCAUGUCAGAAGAAAAAAAUCCACAUCAUCUGGUAAAACAACGAGCACAAUGUUUGCCCAUACAAAGCAUGAUUUUGUGGACACCAGCUGGCUAACUGAUGAGAGCCCAGAAGAAAGUCUAAAUGAGCUUAGCAUUACAUUUGCUCGUCAGCUGUCAUCUGUUGAAGUACCAGACAUUAUUUCUGAAGAAUGGCUGUUGUCUUUGCCUCUUCUGGUUCUAAAUACAGAAGCAAAAAAUCAAGCAGUUCAUCUGCUGAAAUCUCUUGAGGAUGCAGUUGAGCUGGAGGAGCCACUGUUGGAAUUUAAGAAUUUGCGGCAAGUCAGACUUACAGACAACAGUGAGGCGGCCAGAAAGCCAGAAAAUAAGUCUAAAAAUAGAUAUCAAAAUGUGCUGCCAUUUGACUUCAAUCGUGUCCGAUUACAUGCAUAUGACAGUGUUGGCAAUGAUUACAUCAAUGCGAGCCAUAUACAGCUACAAAUUAUGAGGGACAGUCAGGAAUACCUGUGGUUCAUAGCAUGCCAAGGUCCUCUCAGCUCUACUGUUGCUGAUUUCUGGUGUAUGGUGUGGCAGACUAAAGCAAAUGUUGUGGCAAUGCUUACACAGGAAAUAGAGUUAGGGAAAACCAAGUGUUAUGCAUACUGGCCACAGUCCAAGGACUGUCCUUUGUUACUAAAUGAUGGGAAGUACAGUGUCAUCUUGCUGAGGACUGACAGUGUGCAGGACUUUGACAUCCAAUAUCUGAAGCUAUGUGAGAGAGAUUCAGGUGAAGAGAGGGAGAUUGUCCGAAUGCACUUCCUCACUUGGCCUGACCAUGGUGUCCCUGACUCAUCUUUAAAGCUACUACAGUUUUUGCGCCUCAUGCACCUGUUUCAUCAGACUGGCCCAUUAGUUGUGCACUGCAGUGCAGGCAUUGGGCGCACCGGAGUCUUGAUUACCAUAGACACAGCGCUUGCACUGAUUGAACAGAAUGAAAAACCUGACAUAUGCCAGAUUGUGUCUGAACUUCGAUAUCAACGAUAUGGGAUGGUCCAAACUCAGGAUCAGUACCUCUUUUGCUACAUGGCCUGCAUGGAGGCCCUAAACAGUCUUAAGAGCUAAAUACUUCCACACUUUGCUGUGGAGUGGCAUUUGUAUAAUGCCUCACAGAUGGUGCAUGGACAUGCAUCACUUACUGCGCAGCUCACAGAGACAGAGCUGAGUUGAAUACCUGUGAUGGAUUUGUGAAUCUACUCGAGAGUACAUUAGUAAAAUACUGCUUCCUUAUAGAUUCAUGCAUGCUGAUAUUCCCUGAGCAGCCCAAAGUAUAAUGCUUGCUUUGUGCAUGUUUGGAACAUGUAUGACACAAAUAAUACUAUCUCUACAUGUUCAUGUAAUUUAUCUCUAAAGCAUGUGCCAUAUAUUUUACAUAGUGUUUUAUCAGCCUGGUAUAUUUUUAGCUUGACAACAGUUUUGCUGUCAAUUAGGAAAGAUAAAUGAUCUGAAUUUAGCAGAAAAUAUUGAAUGUUUUUUUCCCCCAGAACAGUUGAUAUUUUCAUUUUGAUAUUAGGACCAACAGGGCUUAAUAUUUCUCAUUAAUAAACUAACAUGACAAGAACAUGUCGAUAUAUUAUUAAACCUGAGGAAUAACUAAUAAAUAUUACAGAUAAUUUACUAUUUCAUUGAUUUCAUAACCACAAGAAGUACACAAUCUGCUGUUAUCCAAUAGAGAUGUUAAAAAAAAUUAGUUCAUCCAAAUAGGAAACCUAGCAUACAACUACUGUGCUUUUUCACAGUUGUGUUUUUCUUGAUUUAUUUAGAACAGACAAAUGUAUGUGUUGUGAUGUGCACAAUCUGAUUUUACUAAAUGAAAAAUAUAUUGUUUUUUAGGAACCCAUCCAUUCAGUGUAUCCUUAAUGUUUAUUUUUCAAUUAUUUUGACUGGAAUGAUAUUCCUCACAGAUCAGUGCAAUAUAUUUUAAGAGUAUGCCAUAGGUUUUUUUCCUUAGUUUUUGUGUCAUAGUUUAUAUGAAGCCACUAAAAAUAGUUUUUUUUAAUUUUUCUUUCUGAAUCAAACAGAUCUUAGUGGAGAUCGAGGGAGCAUUUGUUCAUGGUUCAUAGUCUUUCAGAAAUGUCAUUUUUGUUUUCCUGUCUUGAUUGCACCACCCACAACAAUACUCAAGCCCUUAUUAUUGGAAAAAUGAAGCUCAAGUGCCUAUCUAAAAUUGACCUUAAUAAUAUAUCUAUUGUGUUCAUUCUUCCCACUCAGAAUCCUGAGAUCGUUUGCUGUGGGCAUUUUUUACUGUAUUUUUACUUUUAUUGUAGAGGCAUAUGGUGAAUAAUGUUGUUCAGGAUGUUCCAUUCAAUCAGCUCGUGCGCAUACUUCUGGUUACUUUGCAUUUCAAUAAAGCAUUUGGACAAAUGGUAGAGAGGAGCCUGAAGAAUAAUAGGUUACAGAGGAAUGGUGUUAAAAGGAGAUGAUAGGAUUGACAAAGGGGAAGGAAGGUGGAUAAAGAAAUUUUACAAAAGGACUUGCAAAUUUCCAAGAGAGAACAGCCUUUGGAAGGAUAAUAACCUUAUUAACUUCUGUAUAAAAAGUGUCUGUCUUGUUUACUAUGGAGACGGAGCUUAAAAUGCAGCAUUUGCUAAGAAAAUGAGCAAUAUAUAUAUAAAAGAACAUUAUAGUUUCAGAGUAACAUAUUUUUUUCUGAAAUGAAACAGCCUUAAAAUGUUUUUUUUCCCUCAACAGAGCACCCAAUAUUAGCAUUAUUUAUUAUAGCCUAUUUUUUUUUUUUUUUUACAUUUUGUUUAUAUUCAUAGAAGCAUGAAUGUCCUUUAAGGUUUUAACAGGACUAUGAGAGGGCUGGUAGACAUGUCAGAGUUCCACAAAGAAAUGUGCCUUUUGAUCUUUUAUCAAAGUGUAAUUUUCUCUUUUUUUAAAAUAAUUAUUUUUGAAAUAGAGUAAUGCUGUAUCUCAAAUGCUGUUUUUUUUUAGGGCAUCACUGGUGCUGAUUGCUGUAAUAACUCUAUUCUGAAAAUUGCAAGUGUCUGUACUAAAAUUUUCAUGUUUUAGACUGUGUAUUUUUUAUAAACUAAAGUUGAGAAAUUAAUGGUUGGAACUGGUUUUAAAAAACGUAGGCAAAACAAAACUGGUAAAAAAUUGUUUUGUUUCAUAACCCUAGUUUAAUAUGUAUUGAAGAUGUAAGCAUAAAAUAAAAUAAAUCACUUUAAUAAGUUUACUGCACAUCAGCAUAGGCUUUUACAGGAAAGGUUCGCUUCAGAUUGGCAGAACUUAACAUGAUGAUACUAAUAUACUCUAUCCUAGAUGCUAGCAUCCUGCAUAAAUUUACAGGAUGUGAUAUGAUAAUCCCAUGACAGCAAAUCCAGCAGAUGCAGAGCUACUGGAAUUAACUGUAGCUUUCUGCUACAGUGUGCCUGCUACAAUAAACCAUAAUGUUGACUUUAUGAUGCACUAAACGAUGCAGAACUAGGUUGAUAAACUGCAGCCUAGCACAUCUAAAUUUGAGGAUUUGACUUAAAGUGUUGGUGAAGGCUGAUGUUCAUCUGUUCACAGAUUUGAAUUGCUUCAUUUAAGACUUUGUGAUCAUUUUUUUUUUCAUUAACCUGGGUACUCUGAUCAAGUAGACAUUCCUGUUGUUUAUCUGUUAGUUGAAAUGUUUGGAACAAUAUUAGUGCUAUGUUAUGGAACAAUAUUACUGCUAUAACAGUGUACUAUAUGGGCAUGAAACUGUUCAACCAAUAAAUUCUUGUUGAAAACGAA